CCAGAAACCAGGCUUAGCUUAGCUUAGCUUCAGAGUUCUCCUGCGUGUUCCUCUUCCUCCCAAGUCCCAACCAAAGAAAAACGCAUAUCCUUGUUUGGCCAUCGCCAUGGCGUCUGCUGGUCACCGGAGACACUUCGCCGACCCACAUGUGCUUCUGAAGACGCAGUACAACAGCAGUUCCCGCCACGUAUGCGACAUCUGCCGGUCCAAGCUGGCCGGCCUCACCGGCUACCGCUGCAGCGCCUGCGACUUCGACAUCCACGAGGCUUGCGCCAAUUACUUCAAGGAGACAAUCUCCUUCUUCGCGCACCCCUGGCACACCCUCACGCUAAGCCGCAUGCCCAGUUCCUGCGACGGAUGGUCCUGCGACCUCUGCUGGGAGGGCUGUCCGCCGGGAGACUUGGUGUAUCGCUGCACCGAUUGCCUCUUCGAUGUGCACCCUCUCUGCACCAUGCUCCCGCAGACCAUCCGUAGCCCCCUCCACCCACGGCACGACCUUCGCCUGGUCCCUUCAAUCGGCACGUGCAUGUGCGGCUGCGAGGAACUGUCCGUGUGGAACUACGUCUGCUCUUGUCCGUUGAAAGUAAACAUCGCGUGCGUCUCCGGCGCGCCCAGCAGUGGUCGCCAGAGCACUGACUACUGUGGCCGAAGCAACACCGGCAGUGCUCAUCAUGCCAGCGCCGCCACCGCGCAGGUGAGUUCUGCUUCUGCAUGCGAAAGUAGCAGCAGCGGCCAGAGCCUUCCCGUCCGACGGAGCCGUCGUUCCUCCGUCGCCAAGUUUCUUCUCAAGACAAGCUUCAAUGUCGCGGUCAACGCAGCAACCGGAGGCUUGGCAUCGCCGGUGCUCGAUGUUCUAUCGGCGGCCUUCAGUUGAUUGCUACUAUACUAUGUCGUCCGAUCCCUCCCGCGGCGCCCACCUCCACCUGCCAUUCGAUUCACCGCCUGCCGCUCCUUUGCCUUCAACUAUUCAGUUCGAGACUCGAUAAGAACACCGAGUGCAGUCUGUAAUGUCUUUGCUGUAUUCGGUUUUCCUGUUCUUUUCUUAUGCCGUGAGCUAUGGAAUUAUGGAUGUAAUAUAUGCUGCGUCAGAAUCCUCCAAGGCUCCGUUGCUCAUAGGAAAGCAAAAUAGUGCACCUUUAUUUUGCGCGAAUGAUUAUGGUUGGGUGUAAGGUCAUUUUCAGUGUAUAGUUUCAUCAUACUGUUUACAAGUUUGUCACGCGCGAAUAAGGUAAUAUAGUUGUUAGAGCAAUACUAUAAAACUCUCUC